AUGGGUAAGGACACCGAUACCGAUCGCAAGGACGCAAAGACCCCAGUCACCCCCGUGCCAGUUGAUCCAGAUGCCGUCACGACGAGCUCUCUACAAGCUCUUCAGUCGGCGGACCAGCGCAGGGUCAUGGAUAUUGUGGACAAGCUGCGCCGCACUGGUUUGAGCGGAGUGGUGGAGCUGCCUCAGCUCAUUGUCUGCGGUGACCAGUCCUCUGGCAAGAGUUCAGUACUAGAGGCGAUCACUGAGAUUCCGUUUCCUCGCAAGGAAAACCUGUGCACACGAUUUGCCACUGAGAUCAUCCUUCGCCGCUCCCCGGCUUCGACGAGUACUGUCACGAUUACGCCUGACAAGCUGCGCCCAGAGUCUGAACAAGCCAAACUCAAAGGGUUUACCAAGUCUAUCCAGAACUUUGAUCAGCUUCCAGAUGUGAUUGAAGAAGCGACUCUUGCCAUGGGCCUAGGCGUUGUGGGCGGUAUCAGCUCCAGGGCAUUUUCUCGCGAUGUGCUGUCUGUCGAGAUUACAGGUCCUAGUAGGCCUCAGCUAACUCUUGUUAAUCUUCCGGGUCUUAUACAUGCAACAAACAAGGCCCAGACAGAAGCGGACAAGGAACUGAUUCUGGACCUUGUUAGUCAGUACAUGAAGAACCCGCGCACCAUCAUCCUGGCUGUAGUGAGUGCAAAGAACGACUUCGCCAACCAAAUCAUUCUCGACCAUUGCCGCAAGAUUGAUGAGCAAGGCCGUCGCACUCUCGGCAUCAUCACCAAACCCGACUUUCUUCGCGAGGGCACUGACAACGAACUGAGCUGGAUCGAACUUGCCCAAAACAAAGACAUCUAUCUCGAGCGCGGCUGGCACAUGCUCAAGAACCGUGCCGACAACCAGAUGAACUUUUCAUUUGAUCAGCGCAACAAAGACGAGGCACUGUUCUUCAGCAAAGGCCGUUACGCCCAACUACCUCGCGAGUGCGUUGGCAUCACCUCUCUCCGCGAGCGUCUCAGCAAGGUCCUACUACACCACCUAAUCCGAGAGCUACCAUCACUCAAGGAAGAAAUGAUGACCAAGUACCGCGCAACGCUGGACGAAAUCUCCAAUCUGGGCGAAAAACGCAACACCAGCCACGAGCAACGCGUCUUCCUCAUGAAAAUCAGCAUGAAAGUAAACGACAUCCUGAAAUCCGCUAUAAAAGGGUACUACGAGUCGCCCUUCUUUGGAACCAUCAACAAAGACGCCGCCGUCGAUUCCUCAGAAAAUAUCCGUAGAUUCCGCGCCGUGGUCCAGCAUCUCAACAUGGGCUUCGCAAAGGACAUGCGGCUUCGCGGCCACCGUUACAACUUCGAAACCGGACCUGGCGACGACGAGCGAGACUCCAGAGAAGCCAUGGAAGCCCAAAAGGAACUCGAGCGCGAACUCAAACAAGAAAAGGACACUACCACAUGUCUUCCUGUGCCUAAGAAACUCUCCCGCGGCGAAGCAGUCGAAUGGGUGAAAAAGACCCUCGAACGCUCCCGCGGCUACGAACUCCCCGGUACCUUCCAGCCCGUCCUGAUAUCCCAGCUUUUCUGGGAGCAAUCCCUACCAUGGGAAGAUCUCGCCUCGCUGCACAUUUCGAAAGUAGCGCAAGUGUGCCGCGACUUCAUCAACGUGGUGCUGGCAGACCGCGUGCCCGAGGAGUUCGAAGAGCGGCUUGUAGCGCUGAAUGUGGAUGCGGCGCUGAGCAAGUCGCUGGGGGAUGCGAGGGAGGAGUUGGCCAAGGUGCUGAGGGAUAAGGCUCGGCAUCCGUCGACGUAUAAUCAUUACUUUACGGCGACGAUUCAGAAGAUGCGGUUGAGGAAGCAUCAGGCGCUUAGCAGGGCUGCUAUGUCUGCGGCGGAGGUAGAAGUGGGUGGCUGGGAGGACCGGUCAAUGUUUAUUGAUCCGAUAAAGUUGGCGGCGCAGCUGGAUAAGUCGAUUGAGCUCGAUAUGGAUACGUUUUCGAGCCAGGAGGCGCUGGAUAUGCAAAGGGCAUACUACAAAGAUGAGCUCGGGUACUUCAUCAACACCGUGGCGAAGGCGGUGGUUGAGCGGCAUUUGGUAGAGACGCUGCCGGAUGUCAUUCUUUCGCCGCUGGUCGUGACGCAGAUGACGGAUGAGCAGGUUGAGUAUGUUGCUGCUGAGCCGGUGGAGAUAGUACAGCAGAGUGCUCAUCUGGAGGCGAGGAAGGCCAUAUUGGAGAGAGGUCUGGAAACCUUUCGAGAGGCCAUGGGUGGUGUGAGGCGCGAGGUUCAGCAAAGGUAUUUGGGUUGGUAG